CAAAAACAAAGGAAAAUUUGUUAAUGAUGAUACAUAAGCACUAGCCGGUUUUCAAAUUACAAAUCAAACACUAUCGUCCUGAACAGAGAAGGAUUCCAGCUUUUGUUCUUUUGUUGGGAACAAAGGCACCAAAACAACAGUAUACACAUAUCUUCAAAGAUAGAUCUUAAGAUUUUCCUCCAAGAUGUCCUUUCCGUGUCCAGUUUUCAUCUUCUUAGGCUGAGGACAGUGGCAAAAAGAGGUCCCAAGCAUAGCAAAUCACAGCUCUUCCCCCAACCAAGCACAAAAUUCUUUUGGAAAUUCACGUGUCCCGUGGACCCGUUGAGGCCAUGCCUGCAAAAUGAUCCAGGGCUGGUCACCCAGUCCUUCUCAUCCAAUCUGAAAUUAGAUACGCGAUGUUUGCUUUUCAACAACAAUGGCUUCAAGGAAUAAAAUGAUCAAAUCAGUGCAAUUAAGACACAAACUUCAGCCAGCCAUAGCCCAUAGGAGGAAGUAAAAGGACCGGAGGAAAGAAGGGUGCACUUUCUGGUGAGGCCAGUACCUUUUGCUAUAAAUGGUACAGUGAUCCUCAAACGUGGUAAAUGAGAUAGAUCAGGACCAUGACAUCUUUGUCUUUGAUGGAAAGGGUGAAAAUAUGGUUGAAAUUGUGUAAAAAAGGGGCAAAGACCGGUGAAAUGUUUCUUGCUUGUUAACUUUUCUCUUCAACUUGGCAUGUGUGAUGGCUUUUAGUUGGCAACUAUAGAGUCAAGAUUAUAAAGAACUAAAAGUAAAACCAUCAAACUCCUCCUAUAACAAAGUAGGCAGUCUUCUUACGGAUUCUUGACACUGAAGAUAGGUUGACUCUGCCACCCAAAUCUCUCUUUAAAUUCCCUCCUCGGGCCUUUGAACCGUGUACCUCUACCUUCCCUCUUACAUCCAGAGAACGUACACGGAAAUUUAAAAACCUUCAAUCCCUGCCUUUCAAGUCUCUGUAGAAGGAUAGAAACAAUGAACUUCCCAUAUGUUAGCUUUGCCAAACACAACAACAUCCUGUUCAUUAGAACUCUCAUGAUUUUGUUACUGAGUUGUGCAACUAUUCGAGUCGAUUUCUGUUUCUCUAGCGUCCCAACUUCAUUGAGAGCACUUCCUCUUGAAGGAAAUUUCACUUUUACAGAAAAUGAAUUUGCAGCUAGAGACUACGGAAAUCAGUACCAUUUCCUGCCUUUGGCAGUCCUACAUCCGAAAUCAGUUUCUGAUAUUGCAAACACCAUAAAGCAUAUUUGGCAUAUGGGUCCCCUUUCAAAGCUGACAGUUGCAGCUAGAGGCCAUGGCCACUCCACCCGCGGUCAGGCGCAAGCUGACCAUGGUAUCGUGAUUAACAUGGAGUCCCUUGGUGGACAAGUAAUGCAGUUCAAUACAGGACAACUGCCUUAUGUGGAUGUGUCCGCUGGUGACCUGUGGAUCAAUAUUUUGCAUGAAAGCUUAAAACAUGGGCUAGCACCGAAGUCUUGGACAGACUACCUUCAUCUCACGGUUGGUGGUACGCUGUCAAAUGCAGGAAUAAGCGGGCAAGCAUUUCGCCAUGGCCCCCAGAUCAGUAAUGUCCACCAGCUGGAGGUUGUUACAGGAAAGGGAGACGUAGUCAAUUGCUCAGAGAAGCAGAAUGCUGACCUCUUUCACAGUGUUCUUGGAGGACUUGGGCAAUUCGGGAUAAUAACCAAAGCAAGAAUCUCCCUGGAGCCAGCACCAAAGAUGGUCAAAUGGAUCAGGGUGCUCUACUCAGAUUUCUCCACAUUUUCCCGAGACCAGGAGCUUUUGAUAUCUGCAGAACACACAUUUGAUUACAUUGAAGGACUUGUGAUAAUAAACAGGACUGAUGUCUUAAAUAGCUGGAGAUCAUCCUUCAGCCCUCAAGACCCAGCCCAAGCAAGUAAAUUCAUUUCAGAUGGAAGAACACUGUUCUGCCUUGAGUUAACCAAAAAUUUCAAUCCUGACGAGGUUGACACAGCAAACAAGGAAGUUGAGAAUUUACUAUCAAAGCUAAGCUAUAUCCAAUCAACACUUCUUAUGACAGAAGUCUCAUAUGUCGAGUUCCUGGAUAGAGUUCAUACCUCAGAGUUAAAACUACGAUCGAAAGGAAUGUGGGAUGUUCCGCACCCAUGGCUAAAUCUUCUCAUCCCCAGAAGCAAAAUAAAAUAUUUUGCUCAAGGAGUUUUCGGCAAUAUUCUGAAAGAUACGAAGGGCGGGCCUGUGCUCAUCUACCCAGUUAACAAAUCAAAGUGGGACAACAGAACUUCAUUUGUUUUCCCAGAAGAAGAUAUUUUCUACAUGGUGGCGUUCCUUUUCCAUGCAGUUCCUUCAUCCGCUGGAACUAAUGGCUUAGAACACUUCUUAACUUUGAACAAAAGAAUUUUAGACUUCUGUGCAGUGGCCCACCUUGGAGUUAAACAAUAUCUAGCUCAUUAUACCACGCAGGAACAAUGGCAGGCCCAUUUUGGUCAACGGUGGGAAGUCUUCACACAGAGGAAAUCGACUUAUGACCCUCUAGCCAUCCUAGCUCCAGGGCAGAGAAUUUUCCAAAAGCGCGUAUCUAUUUUAUAACACAGAUAACAUUACGACAAAAUGAAAGAAAGGUCUGCAGCAAGACCACCAAUUGCUAUGCAGCAGCAGGCCGCCGCAAAUUAUUAUUGAAGCAACUAAAGGGUUCCAUAAAGCAAACGACUCAUCUGUAAUUAGUGUAAAUGGGUAAUUACUAGUUCAAUAUUGAUUAUCCCUUCUCAGCAAAUAUAAGUAUAAUGCGAGGCUGCGGUAACUGGUUCGAAAUUCAACUAGGAAUACUACAGUAUUAUAACUUCAAAUGAAAAAUCUUAUGUAUUAUAUGGGUGUUUGUAGAAGGUA